AUGCGAGGUUCAUCUCCCUCGCCUUCGUCUCCUUGUCUGUGUCUAGAGGCGCCGCCUGCUGGCGCAGCGUCGGUCCGCCCUCUGGGCUCCUGGGCUGAGCCCGCGGCGCGGAACUCGUGCGGCAACGCCUCUCCGCGCUCCUCCUCUCCGCUUCCCUGCGCCCAGUCCUUCCUGGCUUACGAAAUUGCGCGCGAAAGCCACAUGACCGCGCGAGCCGAGAAGGCCUGCUGCCCUAGUCACCGUUCCCUCGCCCCCCCCCCCUGUGCGUCCGCGCCGCCCGCCGGCGCGUGCGGCUCUGCGCCAGACGACAGCUACCCCGAGCGAAAGAAAAAGUCUCCGCGCAGAGGGAGCUACGCUGACAACGCGCCCGAGGCCGCCGCGCGCCGCUGCGCAGGAGGCGGCGAAGACGCAGACUCGCACCUCCGUGCCGCGAGAGACUCCGGCAAGCCAUCUGCGCGCGCGACUAACCAUUACGAUGGACUGAGGGGUGCGGCCUCGCCUCCGCCGGCUGGAGGAGACGGGGUGGCAGCGCCGGCGCAGAGCGCGGAACUCGAGAGAGAGACGCACGGCACGAAAGAAGACAAGAAACGAGAAAAGUUCGCCAGAGAAAUCGUCGCCCGCCUCGCCGCCCAGGCCCUCGGCGUCGAAGACUCCGGUGUCUGCGGCCUCGUCGCCCGCGCGAUCGACGCCGGCUCCACGAACCGCAUGGUUCGCGUCUGGAACAAAGAGGACCCGAAACGAACGUGCGCCGUGAAAUUCUUCGGCGAAAACACGGGCAAGUACAUCAGCAGAGAGAAGGAAAUGAAGCUGCUGCGGCUGCUCACGGCGAACAACGUCGGCAAAGAAAUUCUGGGGACCUUCGAGGAAGCCGGCGGCGGCUUGGUUGAGAGCUGGCUGUCGGGGGCCUCGCUGGAGCGGCACGAGUUGCUUCGCGAGUCUGCCAAGAUUGCCGAAGAGAUGGCGCGGCUGCAUGCGAUCGACGUGCGCCACGAGUUCCCUGCGCGCUCCGUGGCUAGCGAGGCUGCGGAGACCCCGGGUCCCGAGCCCUCUGCCGAUCUGGGGGGCUGCGAAGGCGAGAAGAAGGAGGACGGCGAGGGAGAGGAAGAAGAGACAAAGAAGCGCGACGCGAAGGAUUCCGACCUGUGGAAAAACCUCUGGAAAUUCUUCGCGAUUUGCAAGGAAGAACAAGAGAGAGCAAGAAGCGCUCAUGCAGCCGUCUCCGACGGCCAGGAUACGCCGCAGCGGACUGUCUUUUCUCCGCGAAUUCUCCUCUUUGACCUCGCGACGAUUGAAGGGCGUCUUCGGCAGCUUCAGGCGCUCGCGCAGGAAGUGCGGUCUCCAAUCGUUCUGUGCCAUGGGGACCUGCUCGCAGGCAACAUUAUCAAAACCGACGAGGGCAAGGUCUGCUUCAUCGACUUUGAGUACUCUGGCUUCAUGGAGCGCGGAUUUGACAUCGCCAACCACUUUGCCGAAUAUUCCGCCCUUGAGUGCGACUUCAGUCAAUGUCCCACGGAGGACCAGCAGGAGGCGUUCCUGCGAGCGUACGUCUCUGCGCUUCGCCACUUUCGGCGCCAGAAGGCCGCGGCGGCGGGGUCGGAGGCGGCGGCGGCGACGGGAGGCUGCGAGGCACAGACUGGAGGGGCCGAAGACCGCGCGGACGUCGACGCGGAAGUCGCUGCCCUGCGCCGCGAGGUCAAGGUCUUUUUUCCGCUGAGCAACAUUCUCUGGGGCCUUUGGGCGCUCAUUCAGGCCGUCCACGUCCAGCCGAGAGAGAUGAACUACUGGAGGUUCGCUUUCGACCGCCUUGCUGCGGCGAUUGCGCCUCCAGUGCCCUACAUGUCUGUUUAG